AUGUGCCUCUCAGCCGUGCUUGCAGUUCUUCACCUCCAGGCAAUCUUGGUCAAUGCUGAGAGAGGCCAAGUGGAUCUUCCUGAUUGGCAAGAGCCUGGACAUGCCAGAAAGGGUAGGAGAGGCUCUGUGCUUGCUCCGGAUGUCAAGGAGCCCGAGAGCGUCAUGGAAGAUGUACAGGUGGAGAAAUGUUCUACUUCCGACACUCCUGUGCUGAGGGAGUGGCUUCGUAACCUUGGGGUGGACGAGCAUGUCUACAGGAGCGACGACCACUGCACUUGGGACGGGAUCAAAUGUUGGAAGAAGCCGAAGCAGAACAGGUGUUCUGUGAGAUCGAUCAACAUGGCAUUAUCCAGCUAUGCGAACAGGAACUCUCCUGUAACCUAUGGUUUGCGCGGUCGACUGGGGCCGGUUCCAGUGAAGUCUGCGACAAGCAUCGAAAUGUAUGGGAGCAGACAUCUCAAUGGAGAUUUGGCGUCCUUUGCUGACUUGGGGCAGCUGAAAUUAUUGUAUUUGCAGGAUACUAACAUUACCGGCGACCUCCGAAGUCUGCAGAACUUGACACGUCUCAGGUAUCUGCAUCUUGGAAACCUUGCCGUUGGGGGCAGUCUGGAGAAUCUGGCAAAGAUCACGACGUUGAGGAAGCUUCGGAUACAGUACAGCCACAUAUCCGGCGAUCUCCGGCAUCUGCGACACCUCAAAGACAUGGGGGAGCUGUUCCUUCAGAAGACCAGGGUCACCGGCACUCUCCAGGGCAUCGAGAGCAUGAACAACUUGCGGUAUUUGCAAAUCAGGAACACCAGGGUGGAUGGAAAUUUGGCUUCCGUGCAUGAACUGUCCAAGAUGCUCAAGCUGGAUAUAUCUGGGACCAAUGUGAGUGGGGACCUCUCCCACUUGAAAAGGAUGACGAGCUUGACGCACCUGAAAGCUACCGGAACCCGACUAUCCGGUAGUAUCGACUCACUGAAGGUGAUGCCAGAGCUCACUGAGCUUGAUCUUUCAGGGAAUUCGGACGUCAUUGGUGACAUCAGCAGCCUUGUCGGCUUGGACGAUUUGACGCAGAUCAGGCUCGCUUUCACCAGUGUACAUGGCCGCUUAUCCACACAACAAUGGGAGAAACAACUGUUUCGCCUAACGAUCCUGGACUUGACGGCAACACGCUCAAAGUUCCUGCUUGGCAUCGAUGAUUCGUCUGAGCUCAACUUCCUCAACAGAGUACUAGAUGAUGAGAAGGGCGCGAGGUUCAUCCUGCCUUCCUUGAGGACCCUGAAGGUCUCUGGCUGCCCGUUGAAUACCACUAUGUCGGAGUUCCGCACGACGCUCAAGUUUUUACCGAAUCUUACAACCAUAGCUGCGGCGGGCUGUGACCUCCGAGGAGAAUUGUCGGGUGGAUUCGGUCCUCUCGAUCCUGCUUGGUUGUACCUGGAUCUGUCAGACAACGAUAUUAGGAGAAUCGACGUGCCUGAGCUCCCCAUGUUCUUCGGCAUCGCGCGCAGUAAAGCUCCGUUCAUGGAAAUGAACCUCUUAGAGAAUGCACUGCGGAAGGGAUCAUCGCUGGACUUCACGGGGGUGGACUUUGUCAAUUCUCGUGGAGAACCGAGGGACCUGUUUCUCAGGGGUGUUUUCAGAACAACAUCAAGCCCGAGCAUGGUCAACCAGUCGCAAGGAUCUGCGUGCAAGGAGCUGAUGAGCUCAAAUUUGAAGGUGGCGCCAGCGCUUUUCCUGCCCGAGGAACUCUGCGGCUGCCUCCCAGGCUGGGAGGGCCACGGCGUGCAGUGCAGAAAAUGCCGCCAGGGCUACUACAACCCUGCGUGGAACGUCAGCGCUUGCGUGCAGUGCCCUCCAGGGAGCAAUACAACGGAGCCAGGCGCCAGCUCCAUUGACGUUUGCCUUUGCCGCGAGGGCAGGAUCUUCAAUUUUACCGGCACUCCACGCUGCAUGUGCGAAGCACACACCGCCCUCCACAAGGGCAUGUGCGCAACAUGCGACGAGCUGUUUUUGGACUGCCCACAGGCGGGGGCCACGUUCGAGAGCGCCGUGCCGAAGACUGGUUAUGCGCGCCUUCGUCCUGGAGCGGACGUCUACAGGUGCCUUGACCACGCCUCGGAUCGUUGCAAUGCAACUGACAGCCAGUCGGAGCUUGGCUGUGCUGAGGGAUAUGAAGGCCCCCUCUGCACCGCCUGCGCCGAAUCCUACCGCGGCAGUGCCGGCCGGUGUUUGCGAUGCACCGGCGCAGCUGAAGGCCUGCGUUGGCACAUUCAGGUCGGUGCAGCUAUCCUGGCUGUGAUUGUGGUCGGUGGCUUCUUGCUGUUCUGGAGGAAGCAGAGUUUGUCUCCAAGGACUCCGGUUCCGGAAGACGCGACAGUGACCGGAAGGAUACCGACUGCAAGCCAAGCUCUCUGGCCGCUUCUGCUGGCCCAGGGUCCGGUACUUCUGCAGUUGGGACAGCUCUGGGCUGUACUGGUGGCACUCAGCGGGACAAGCGCGAACGCCGAGAGCGACACUUCCGGAUCGGGUCUCUGGGAACAGGAGUAUGUUCAGUGGCUGCAGCUGACGGCAAGCAGCCUGAGGGAUGCUAUCAGCCUCGAUUGCGCUUAUGGCAGGAUGUCGAGCACGAUUUGCGCUCUUGUCGCUCCCUGCGUGCUGCCGCUGCUGCUGAUUCUGUGCAUGCUUGCAGAAGCCAUGCAGAGGGGGCGAGGUGUGAAGCUUGCUUUGCCGGCUCUGUCGCUGCUCUUCAUCGGUGGCGCCUCCAGCUGGGCGAAGCUGAUUCACUGCCAGCGGGUGGAUGGAGACGGAACAUCUCUGCCGGAAGCUGAUGCCUUCAAGUCACAGUUGCCCCAUCUGACCUGCUCAGAGACAAGUGGUGAAGCUGUUUGGGCAUAUGCAGUCGGGGUGGGAUGUGCUGUCGCCUAUGGCAUCCUGAUCCCAGCGUUCCUGUUAUACUUGAUCCUGAAGCAGCACUUGCUCCUUUCACCGAGCAGGCGCUAUGUGUCGUUUGCAGAUCGUCAAGGAGACAAGACGAUCGUGCAAGUCGUUGCAAUGGGUCCUCAGGCAGAUGAAGCGGAUGCAGGUGCAAGUGAGAAGGACUUGCUGGAGAAACGGGGGCGAUCGCACUUCUUGGCAUCUGCUGUGGCCUACAGCGCUGUCUUCUUCCAUGGGUCCAUUAGCCUUCAGCGGGAGGAUUCAGCAUUGACCAUCCGUGCGGCAAAUGGUGUCCACGGCGAGAAAGAAGAUGAGUUCGACGUCACCACCGCUGUAGCUCACGUCUUGGAGCACAAGGAUGACGCAGAUCUCAUGCGCUGGCAGGCGAUAUCAAGGAUGCUGACGGAGCGCUGCAUCUUGGAAGAAGCGCAAACAGCGGAUCGAAUCUUUGCUGGGGCGAACGAGAUCUUCUUCAAGUACGCAGCGUGCGAACAGGUAUGGGUCGAAGUUGCACUGAAGACGGUGGCUGUCGCCCUGGUGGCGGCUGCAUCCACCUACCAAAACGUGUUCAUGACGGUGGGGCUGACUCUGGGAACUGCAACCGUCUUUUUGACGUUGCAGCCCUACAGACAGCGGCAGGUGAACGACCUGCAGUGCUGUUGCUUCUUGUGCCUUACCGUUGCCGCCACGGGCUUCGCUUGCUCCUUCAAAUGGCUCUCGCGCGCUUCCCUGGCUGUGCCCCUUCUCCUGGCAGCCGUGCAGACGCUGCGCCCAGAUGGACCAGAAGCACUCGCUCUUCGCCUCUUUGAGGCUGCAACCCGACAGUGGCCGGCCUUGCAAAAGGGUGAGGUGAUACAGCUCUCCGUGACGACCGUGAGCUUUCUAUAG